CUCUCUCUCUCUCUCUCUCUCUGAAGAGAGCAGUUGCUGCUCUUGUUGGUGUUGCUGUUGCUCUUGGUGCUGCUGUUGGUACUGGCACUGGUACUGGUAUAGCUGGUGCUGAAGAGUGGCACGGAAAAGGAGUAUGUAGAGGUACAAGUAUGUUAUGUAGUACUAUGCUAUCUGGGGUGGUAGUGGUGAGGGUCGACGGGGCCCAGUCAGGGCCCCAGAAAUUCCAACAAGGACAGGGCAUAAUGCGCGACUCAAGGUCGGUUCUACUACUCUCUGGGCUCUCCCGGAGAUGGGAGCACGUUCAGCAGGGUCGUACCGUGACCUCGCCGUUCUCCCACCACCAUUGGAAUCACUAACAUCACCACCACUACUACCGCCACCACCACCACUAGUAUCAUCAUCAGCACCACACGGGGAUCGCCAGCUACGACAGGAUCGUGGGCCUAUGCCCGCGGCGCCCUGCAUUUCACAUUCCACGCCGAUUAAAAGAACGCGCACCCACUAGAAUGCCAAAGGUGCUCCCCAACGCCGCGAGAACAGGGCCUUCUUUUCCACCACAGUAGGAGCCUUUUGUCUCCCCAAUGAUUCGAUUUGCUUUAAAAAAGCUUGUUGUUUCGAUAUGGUUAGGAAAUUAUCUAGGAAUUUGUGUCUAGAGUUUCAUGCUUAAUUUAAUUGAAAUUUUAUAACCCGUUUUUUUAAUGGCGCUUGUCUUUUACGAUUCCUUAAGUAUCUUCUAUUCUAAAGUAAAAAAUACAUGUGAUUGAGAUAUGCUCGUAUCUCUGUUCUGGAAUUUUCGGAAUGUCAGUUGUAAUUUAUUCUUUCGAUAAAAUAAUUGAUCCUGUUGCGUUACCAUUAAUUAAAAGUUUUUGGUAUCAGUUCAAACAUAUCGCUCGAAAGAAUCAACAGAAUUAAAUAUUUUCAGACAUAAUCUUAACGAGAAUUGAAAUACUGAUAUCAUGAUUUUGAAUACAAAUGAACUAAAGUUUGACCAUGUAGAGAGUCUCUGUCUAGAGGCGUAUUUCCGGUAGCUCAUCGGCAUGGUAUCCCCCAAAAAAGCCUUUUGUUCGGCUUAGUUCCUCCUCCUAGAUAUAUUCGGUCGGUUGGAGAAGAAUGGAUGGAUGGGAGGGAGGUGGCACGGAGUUUACGUUGGGACGGUCCUGUGGGGCCGAGGAGAUGAGGACCGCCUUUUUAUAGUGGGUAAGAAACAGGCAUUUGAGGCCGCCACGAAUAGAGGGAGAACAAGAGAAAGAGAGAGAGAGAGAGAGAACGAGUAAGAGGGGGGAAGAGGAAGAAUACGCAGAAGAAGAAGAACCACGGAGAAGAGAGCGUCUUGGAAGAAGAAGGUAAAGUAAGAAGACGAAGAAGAAGGAGUCAGCUGGUGUUGAUGGUGGGGAGAAGGAUAAGGGAGGUAGGGAGGGAAGAAGGAACCAGAAGAAGGAGUAGUAAGGGAGGAGGAGGAGGAGGAGAGAGAGAGAGAGAGAGAGAGAGAGAGAACUCGUGCUACAAGAAACGAAGGAAGAGAAGGCAAAAAAAGUGAAAAAGGUGGGAUCCCUUAAAAAUUGAGACCCACAGAGGUGGGGAUCGGAAUUUCGGGCCCCGUAAACCGGCCAGUCUCGAAAAGGCCUUCGCGAAGAUGAGGUGAGGAGAAGAGGAGAGACACGCGUUCGACGGCGUUGCGAAAGAGGAGGUAGAGGAGAGAGAGAGAGAGAGAGAAACAAGUGGAAGAAGAGAAGGAAUGGUGAAAUUGCUGGUGGAGGAGUAAGAAGUAAACGAAGAAGACGAAGAAAAGGACUAGGAGGAGGUAGAAGAACAGAAAGAAGAAGAAGAAGAAGAAGGUGAAGGUGGAGAGGAGAAAGAAGAAGAAGAAGAGUCGAAGGUGGAGGUGACGGAGGAGAAAGGAAAUAUCGCGUAGCGUGAGCUUCGUGGCCAGUACUCUGUGUACCCGGCAUGGACCGUCAGUACACUCUCUGUGUACUCGUACCGGCGCACCAGUACCGCACGUACGUCGAUAAUUAUCAUCAGCAAUACCACCGUCUAAAUCACCGAUUCGUCCAACAACGCCAGCAACAACAUCGUGACAUUCAACAACAGCAGCCGCAACAACAGCACCAGCAUCAGCAUCAGCACCAGCACCAGCACCAGCACCAGCACCAGCACCAGCACCAGCACCAGCACCAGCACCAGCACCAGCACCAGCACCAACAUCAGCACCAGCACCAGCACCAGCACCAGCACCAGCACCAGCACCAGCACCAGCACCAGCAUCAACACCAGCACCAACACCAGCACCAGCAGCAAUACUUUCAACACCAACAGGAACAGAUCUACGAGAACGUCGUCUCUCAGUAUCGAAUGAGAAUGUGUUACCAUAACGAUUAUGAGAAUGAUGAGCAGAUUCAACGUUUUUAUUGGGAACAGUGUCAUCGGCAAGAUGACACUGACGCUACUGCCUAUUAUUAUUGCGAAUAUGUAAGGGACCAGGUGUUUCUUUGAUAUUUCUACGAUUAUUUGUGCUUCGCACUAUAGUGCUAGGUUUCGUCAUUUUCGUUCUUUGAUAUUCAUUUUGGUUUCUUAAUACUUGUCUCGCUGAAUACACGCCCCUACUUCGAAUUCCGAUUUACAGUUUGAUGUUUGCCCUCGGGCUAUUACUGAGAAUCGGAUUUAAACGAGAGGCGGACGAAUUAUGUUCCAAAGUGUUUUUUAGGAUGCCGCUUUAACGGUCGUAAAUUUCUUAUCUCUUACUGUUGAAAGGAGAUGGUUAAAAAAAAAUUCGUUGUGCCUCCGAGUGAAUGCUCGUAUCGUGUUUUUACGUACGGCUUUUCCAAGGGUGCUCUUUUCAUCCUGACGAAAGUGAAUAAAUAUUUCAUUGAAAUUUACGACUGAGGAAUUAUAGAUAAACGUUUUAUCCUUUUAUCUUAUGUUCUUGACCGGAUCAUUUCGUUAAGCGAGAAACUGAAUGGGUUAGAGAACGGUCGAGUGGAAAGUUUGGAAUGUUAAAUGGAAAGUUUACAGUUACCUAAGAUCCUUUUGA